CUUGGCGUAGAGCGGCCUAGGCCGGCAACGCGGUUGGGGGCAGCGGGGCUACCGCGGCCACGGCGGGGUACGGGUCUGCGGGCCGGGGCGGAGCGAGAGCGGCCCGCGGACGGCGUCCGACUGGACUGCUUGGGGCCGCGCGUGGACGCGCCGGCAGCACCGGCGGCGGUGAGCGCGAACUCGACCAGUGGAAAAGGUGCUUGUGAGUUUGCCUCUGUAAUUGAAACCUUACUUCCUGCCCGGAUUAGACUAACAGCUAGUUUAGAAAAUGGGGCCCACGGCACGCCUUGUUACCAUCAAGAGGAACGGGGUGGACGGCAUCCCCUUUCCACUGACCCUUAGCACCUGCUUGUUCGGAAGGGGAACUGAAUGUGACAUUCGUAUCCAGCUUCCUGUAGUGUCAAAACAACAUUGCAAAAUUGAAAUCAAUAGGCAGGAGGCAAUAUUGUAUAAUUUCAGUUCCACAAAUCCAACACAAGUAAAUGGGUCUGCUAUUGACAAACCUGUACUACUAAGACAUGGGGAUAUAAUAACUAUUAUUGAUCGGUCUUUCAGGUAUGAAAAUGAAAGUUAUCAGAAUAGAAGCCAGUCACCUGAACUUCCAGAAAAAAUAUGUGAACAGAAACCUGCACGGCGUGCCUCAAGAGCAAGCUUCUCUGCUGACCCUGAUGACAAAGAUCAAGAUUCCAAAGCCCAUUCAAGCAUCACUGAAGGACAUGCUACAGGAGGGUCUCUGGUACAUGGCAAGCAACUCAAACAGGACAGUUCUACCUCAGAUGGCUCAAAGGGCAGUGCUGCCCAGGAACCAGUUAAGGUUCCUUCUUCAGAACCUCCAAGACAUGGUAACAGGAAUGCGGGAGAUCCCACCAUUGGGGAUUUUAAGGAAAAGUCCAGGGUAACUUCAGUGGGCUGCUAUGGAGAACUGAAAACUUUUCCCACUACACAGUUUCUUGACAAUGGCAAUAAAAGUGAAUCUCCCUUUAAGAAGCUUUAUCAGUCAAUGAAGGAAGAGUUUGAUGUGAAAUCACAAAGACAAAAUGUUCUACAGUAUCGUAGAAAAUCAGGAUCAUCAACUGCUUACACACCAGAAAAAGGCAGUGCCGACUCUUCGCAAAAGGAGGCUCAGCUAUUGGUGUCUUGUAAAUCAAGACCAAAGUCCAAUAGAAGCACCCACGUUAAUGGUGCUUCUUCGCCUGCACCAGAAAUGAGUCAGGCCAAGGGAAAGAAAAGUGAUCCAGAACCUAUUCAGACUUCCGAAGAAGCUGUACGUUCCAGCCUUUCUCUCUCUCAGGUGACUAAAGUACAGACCCCUGUGCGACAUUCACAGCAGAAAAGAUCUUCACAGAAACGUAAGAGUGAAGACCUGCAUGUCACUGACAGAGAAGAGUCUCUGAUUCUGGACAAGAAUGAGGAUGUGUCUUUGAAGAGAAGGCGUGUGUCCUUUGGUAGUCAUCUAAGACCUGAAUUAUUUGAUGAAAACUUGCCUCCGAAUACACCUCUCAAAAGAGGAGAAACACCAGCCAAGAGGAAAUCUCUCGGAACUCAUACUCCAGCUGUUCUAAAGAAAAUCAUCAAGGAGCAGCCUCAAUCAUCAGGCAAAGAAGAAUCUCCUGAAAUCUGCUUGGAAGUGAAAGCACAGCAUGUAUCCAUAGAUGCUCUAGCACCUAGUCCUAGAGUAACUCCCCCAAGGACAAAUGAUCAAAGGCGAAGGUCACACAAGGGCUCUACUGCCUCUGGUGAUGGGAAAUCCCCAGAUGAGACAGACAUGCCUAAGAAAUCAGGGAAAAAGAGUGGCCACUUGCCUGCAAAGAGAGCAUCCAUUAGUCGAAGUCAGCAUGACAUUUUACAGAUGAUUUCCUCCAAAAGAAGGAGUGGUGCUUCUGAAGCCAAUCUAAUUGUUGCAAAAUCAUGGGCAGAUGUGGUAAAACUUGGUGUAAAACAAACACAAACAAAAGUUGUGAAACAUCCCCCUCCAAGGCAGAUGAGCAAAAGACAAAGAAGACCUAGUACUCCAAAGAAGCCUUCGGAUAAUGUUCACAAUCAGUUUAGCACGGGUCAUGCAAACUCUCCUUGUACCAUAGUAAUAGGGAAAGCACAAAUUGAAAAAGUAAAUGCACCUGCUCAGCCCUACAGAAUGCUGAACAACUUUGUUUUCACCCAAAAAGUGGAUUAUAAUGAAGAUCUGUCAGGGCUAACAGAAAUGUUUAAAACUCCAGUGAAGGAGAAGCCACAGAUGAUGAGCACACAUUCUGUCACACCCUCCAGUUCAGAGAACUUGCUUGGAGACAAGUCUACAGUAAUUAGUUCCGGAGAAGAAUCUCUGUCCAUCCCUUCAGUGAACUUAGGAGAAAAUGUGUACUCUAGUGCUCAGAGUGCAGCAAAAGAACCAUCUGAUAAAUGUUUUGCAAGCCCCAUAUUAAGAAGGAAGUGUAUAAAAGAAGAUGAAAAGAUAGUAAAAACUCCUAGAAAUAUCCAUAAAAUUACUCAUUUUGAGAUUAAAACUCCAGAUUCUGCGACAGAGGCUCUGAAGACAGUAUAUAGUACAAAUAAAUUAAGAUCUGUGGAGCUCAGAAAAGUGCAGAUACUACCCAUAGAAAGUACAAAUGAAGAACUAGCAACAGGCAUUACUGAGAACAUCACAAGGAAAAACCUGAGGAAGACCCCACUACGAGAAAAGGAAAAAGACAGAGAGAUGAAGGAUAGUGAACGAUCUUUAGAAACAUGUAAGGAAAAUGUGGAAUUAAAUGAAAAUUCUGGAAAGGGAACACCUGUAAGGAGAUCAAGAAGUAGUGGAAAGAAGUGUGAAUCCACCAGUGACCUGACAGAUCUUAGGAGAACACCAGGAAAAGAACCCACAGAGCACAUAUCAGGUCCCCAAAUGCCUCUGCAAAAAACAGAUUGUGCCAAGGAAUUAACAAAUGAAGUGGGUACAACUACCAAAAUGCCCUGCACAUCUUCACAGCCAGAACCAAUCCACUCCCCAGCAAGCAGGAAAAGACAGCUUAAGAUACCUCUGGGAAAAGUGGAUGUGAAAGAAGAGGUGACUGCACUGAGGAGUCUCUCACAAAUGUCAGGGGAACACAUACACAUAGUAAAUUAUGAUAAAAGUAUGGACGUGCUUAAGGAAACUCCAAAGCAGAAAUUGGACUCAGCAAUGAAUGCCACAAGAAUGAAGAGGUUGCCAAGAACUCCUAAAAACCAACCUCUGGAAGACCUAGCAGGCAUCAAAGAAUUGUUGCAAACACCGGAACACAAAGAUGUGCCCAUAAGUGAAUACAAAGCUAAAGUGCUCUAUAGCUCUCCACAGACAGAAGCAGUGGAUACCCCAAGAAGGAAAAAAACAUUUCCCAACACACCCCAGAGGAAAGUGGAUAUAAAAGAGGAGAAAGCCAUAUAUAACCCAAAAGCAACAGAAGGUGAAGACAAAGGCAUCAAAGCUUUAAACGAAUCUGUAAAGCAGACACUGGACCUAGCAACAAAUAUAUCUUGCAGCAAGAGACGGCCGACAACACCUAAGGCAAAGGCCCAGCCUCUAGAGGACCUGGCUGGCUUCCAGGAGCUCUUCCAAACACCAGGCCCUGCCAAGGACCCCAUGACUGAAUCAGACACCACCAAAACACCCCAUGGAUCUUCACAGUCAGAACCAGUAGAAUCUUCAACAGCCUCAAAGAGACGUUCUAAGAUAAGUCUGGGAAAAAUGGAUGGGGAAGAAGGGCUGAGACUAACACAGUCACCAAGCAGAGCCAUGCACACACCUACAGUACCAAUUCAGGAGAAGAAAAGCAUCAGAGCAUCUCUGCCAACUCCAAAGCAGAAACUGCACCUAACAGAAAGUUUAACUGAACCUAAAAGACCAGCACGAACUCCUAAGGCAAACAUGCAGCCUUUGGAUGACCUGGCUGGCUUCCAAGCGCUCUUCCAAACACCAGGCUGUGCCAAGGACUCAGUGACUGAACCAGACACCAGCAAAACACCCUGUGGACCUUCACAGUCAGGACCAGUGGAAUCUUCAACAGCUUCAAAGAGAUGUUCUAAGAUAAGUCUGGGAAAAAUAGAUGGGGAAGAAGGGCUUUCAAAACCCAGGAGACUAACACAGUCACCAAGCAGAGCCAUGCACACACCUACAAUACCAGUUCAGGAGAAGAGAGGCAUCAGAGCAUCUCUGCCAACUCCAAAGCAGAAACUGGACCUAACAGAAAGUUUAACUGAACCUAAAAGACCAGCACGAACUCCUAAGGCAAAAGCUCAGCCUGUUGAGGACCUAGAUGGCUUCCAGGAGCUCUUCCAAACACCAGGCCAUGCCAAGGACUCUGUGACUGAACAAGAUACUGCCAAAACACCCCAUGGAUCUUCACAGUCAGCACCAGUGCAUACUUCAACAGCCUCAAAGAGACGUUCUAAGAUAAGUCUGGGAAAAAUGGAUGGGGAAGAAGGGCUCUCAACACCCAGGAGACUAACACAGUCACCAAGCAGAGCUAUGCGCACACCUACAGAACCAAUUCAGAAGAGAGGCAUCAGAGCAUCAGUGCCAACUUCAGAGCAGAAACUGGACCUGACAGAAAGUUUAACUGAACCUAAAAGAUCAGCACAGACUCCUAAGGCAAAUGUCCAGCCUCUGGAGGACCUGGCUGGCUUCCAAGAGCUCUUCCAAACACCAGGCUGUACCAAGGACCGAGUGGCUUCUGAGAAAACUCCAAGACUGCUCUGUAGAUCUCCACAACUAGGAUUGGUAGAUUCCCCAACUUCAAAGAGAUGUCGUAAGACAAGUCUGGGGAAAGUGGAUGUGAGAGAACCCUCACUAGAGAGAGAGCUAACUCAGAUGUCGGAGAAAACCAUGUCUACAUCUAAAAUGAAAGUAGAUGGUGGUGACAAAAGCCUCUGCUGUGAGACCUCUGCAGGACAGACACUGGACCUAGCCACAAAAGAGUCUGGUGGCAGGAGACAGCGAAGAACAACCAAGGUAAAGGCUGAGCUUCUAGAAGAUCUGACUGGCUUCCAAGAGCUCUUCCAAACACCAGGUGAUGCCAAGGACCCAAUGACUGUUGAUAAAACCACAAAAAUGCCCUACACUUCUCUACAUCCAGGGCUACUCAGAACAUCACCAACCUUAAACAGAUGUCCCAGGACAAGUCUGGGGGCAGUAGACAUGAGAGAAGAGCUCUCAGCCCCCAUGAAACUAAUACAGUCACCAGGCAAAGCUUUGCACAUACCUCUAGUACCAGUUCAGAAGGAGAAAAGUGUCAGAAUAUCUGCUGAAACUCCAGUGCAGAAACUAAAUCCAAGAGAAAAUUUAAGUGGACUUAAGAGACAGCCACGAACACCUAAGGCAAAGGCUCAUGUCCUAGAAGAUCUGACUGGCUUCCAAAAGCUCUUUCAAACACCUGAUCCUGCCAAUCACCCAGUAACUCUUGGUGAAACUCCAGAAAUGCCCUGCAUAUCUCUGCAAGCAGAAUCAGUAGACACUCCAGCAAAAGUGGUGAGGUGGUCAACAAGUCUGGAGGGAAAAAAUGUGAAAAAUCACUUGGCAGUAAUAAAUGUAACACAAAUAUCUGGGAAAAUUGCACACACGUAUGAAGAGCCCACAGAUGAUAAAGAGAGUCAAAUGUUUAAGAAAUCUUCAAAGCGGAAACUGGACACAGCAGAAAGUGUUACUGGCAACAAAAGGCUGAGAGGAGAAUCCAAGAAAAAUUCUCAAUCCCUAGAAGACUUAACUGGCUUCAAAGAGCUCUUUCAAACACCAGGUCACACUGAGGAAUCAGUGAGUGAUGAACAAACUACAAAAAUGCCUUGCAAAUCAGAACCAGAAUCAGUGGACUCCCCCAGAAGGAAAAAAGCAUUGCCCAGCAUACCCAGGGGGAAAAGGGAUAUGAAAGAAAAACAAAUCAUACAUACACCAAAAGCAACAGAAGAUGAUGACAAAGGCAUCCAAGCUUUUAAGGAAUCUGCAAAGCAGACACUGGAUCUAGCAACAAAUGUAUCUGGCAGCAGGAGAUGGCCAAGAACACCUGAGAUAAAGGCCCAGGUUCUGGAAGACCUUACUACCUUCCGAGAGCUCUUCCAAACACCAGACUAUGCCGAAGAACCAAUAGCAUCUGACGAAAUUACAAAAAUGCCCUGCAUAUCUCUGCAACCAGGGCCACUGUAUACUCCAACAACCUCAAAGAGACAUUCUAAGGCAAGUCUGGGGAAAACAGAUGGGAAAAAAGAGCUGCCAUCACUCAAGAGACAAAUGCAAUCCCCAGGGAGAGCCAUGCACACACCUUCAGUACUAGUUCAGGAGCAGGGAGGCGUCAGAGCAUCUACAGAAACUCCAAACCAAAAGCUGCACCCAGGAGAAAAUUUAAAAGGACUUAAGAGACAGCCACGAACACCUAAGGCAAAGGCCCAUAUCCUAGAAGACCUGACUGGCUUCCGGGAGCUCUUUCAAACACCUGAUCAUGCCAAUGGCCCAAUAACAGAAAAUUUAACUGGGCCUGGGAAACAGCCACGAACACCUAAGACAAAGGCCCAGCCUCUGGAAGAUCUAUCUGGUUUGCAAGAACUCUUUCAAACACCAGGCUGCCAUUCUAGGAGCCCACUACCUGAACAUGAAACCCAUAAAACACCCUGCAGAUCUCCCCAGUCACCACCAAUUGAUACUGCAAUAUCCUCAAGGAGACAUUCUAAGAUAAGUCUAGGGAAAAUAGAUAUGAAAGAAGAGCUGUCAUCACUCAGAAAGCUAACACAGUCUCCAGGUAAAACCAUGCAUACACCUUUGGUACCAGUUCAGGAGCAGAAACGCAUCAGAGUGUCUACAGGAACUCCAGAGCAACAGUUAGCUCUGACAGAAAAUUUAAAUGGCCUUAAGAGACGUCCACAAACACCUAAGACAAAGGCCCAGCCUCUAGAAGACCUGGCUGGCUUCCAAGAGCUCUUCCAAACACCAAACCAUGCCAAAGACCUAGUGACUACUGUCAAAACACCCCACAGAUCUCAGUCAACACCAGUGGGUACUGUAACAACCUCGAAGAGAUGUCCUAAAAAACAUAUAGGAAAAGGGGAUGUGAAAGCAGAGCUUUCAGCGGUGAGAGAACGGACAUUGAAGGAUACCAUGCACACACUCAAAGAAGCCAUAGAUGAUAAACACAAGAAAGUGUUUAAGGAAUCUGCCAAGCGAAAACUGAACCCAGCAGAAAGUGUAACUGGCACCAAGAGGCUGCGGCGAGCACCCAAGGAAAAGACCCAAACCUUAGAUGACCUGUGUGGGUUGCAAGAGCUCUUCCAAACGCCAGGUUACACUGAAGAAUCUGUGAGUGAUGAAAAGGCUACAGUAAUGUCUUGCAAGUCUCCACAAUCUGAAUCAGUCGGAACCCUAACAAAGACAAGGAGAGGCCCCAGGACAAGACUCAGAAAGGUGAAUGUGAAGGAAGAUUCCUCAGCAGUGCGAAAAUCAACACGAACAUCGAAGGCCAUUACUCACACCUCUAAAGUACCAGAAGAUGAUGAUAAAGGCAUUAAACCUUUAAAGGAAAUUGAACAGAAAACGUUGGACCUUGCUGCAGGUGUAAGUGGCAGCAGGAGAUGGCCAAGAGCAGCCAAAGCAAAAGCUCAGCCCAUACAAGACACAAGUAGCUCCAAAAAACUGAGCCAAACAUCGGGCCACACUGAGGAAUCAGUGAGAGAUGAAAAAACCACAAAAACGCCUUGCAAAUCUCCACAACAAGUGCCAGGGGACACUUCAGCAGCCUCAAAGAGACGACCCAGGACAAGAUUUGGGAAGGUAGAUGUGACAGAAGAACUCUCAACACAGCGAAAGCAAAGAGCAACAUCAGGGGAGACCAUGAACACACACAAAGAACCUCCAAGUGAUAGUAAAGGUAGCAAAGAAUUUAAGGAAUCUGCCAAGCGAAAACGGGACCACAAAGAAAAUAUAACUGGCAGCAAGAGGCUGCGAGGGACACAUAAGAAAAUGACCCAACUUCUUGAAGAUCUGGCUAGCUCCAAAGAACUAAUCCAAAAACCAACUUACACUGAGGAAUCACUGAGCAAUGAGAAAACCACAAAAAUGCCCUGCAAAUCUUCACAACCAGAACCAGCAGACACUCCAGUAAGCACAAAGAGGCAACUCAGGACAAGACUUGGGAAUGUGAAUGUAAAAGAAGGACUCUCAGUUGUGAGGAAGCCAACACGAAUGUCCAGGGCCACCACCCGCACCUCCAAAAUGCCAGAAGGUGAUGACAAAGACAUCAAAGCUUUUAAGGAACCUUCAGAACAGACGCUGAACCCAGCCAUUAGUGUUACAAGCACCAGGAGGAACGUAAGAGCAUCUAAGGCAAAGUCACAAGUGGAAGACCUAUCCAGCCCUAAAGAAAGAAUCCAAACACCAGACCAUACUGUAGAACAGAUGAAUGAUGUUCAUAACCCAAAGAGCACUCCACAACAAAUACCUGACAGUAUAAAACCUCUGAAGACUUCUAGAAGGGUUCUUAGGGUUCCUAAAGAAAAACCGAUAGAAGAUUUGGUGGACACCAAAGGCCCUGCAGCAUCACAAAAUGGAAUGUCCUUACGCACCAGACACCAAAAUAAAACUGAUACAAACCAGCAAAACCUUGAAAUUCCUACAUCAGAAAAGGCCAAAAUAAAGAGACGUGAAAAGAAGUCCAUGAAGACAUCUGAAGAGAUAGAGCAACAGAUCCCUGGUGAUGGAGCUGGGAAACCUACAUUUAAGGGCAAAGUCAGUGGAAACAGGGUAUGCUUGAGAUCGGGAAGACAGAAUAAGAACUCCCAGCUUCACAUAGCAGAGGAGGAUGUAAAGGAGAACAGCAUGGAUAUCCCUGUGAAGAAUCAGAAAGAGAAAGAAGUAACCAAUAAUUCAGUCACUGUGAGUUUAAGAUCUAAAAGGGCUGGAAUUCAGCCAAAAGGAAACACUUUGGAGAGUGACUCUGAGCAAAGAAUAACUCAAGGUACCAAGAGAUGUACAGAAAAUCCAAAGAAGGAUAAGGACAUCAUGGACACCAAGAAAAUAAGAACCAGAAGUCAUCGGAACAUUGAAAAUAUUUAGCAAAUAAAUUUAAGAAAGAAAAAUAUGUAAUAUUUUAGCCAUAAGUUCUAGUUUUAUGUUUACCAACAAUGUAAAAGUGAACUCUGUAAAUAAUUAUAUCAGUGUAUUUAAGGGAAGAAACCUUAGAAUCUUUUAGCUUUGCAUCUUGGUGAUAACCGCAUCUUGCCCAGCAAAUGAUUCUGGCUUACAUUCCAAACCUUACCCUGUAAAGUCCUGAAGACAGCUGAGCACCUGGUGCCAGGCACUGAUGGUACCUGGGCUGUUUCUUAACUGACCUCUAACGUAUUAAGAGUUCUUGACAAAGCCCACAUACAUACCUUUGUCUAGCGUAGCAUAUAAGCCCCUUCCUCUUGUCUCUGAAUCUAUGAAUCCUGUGUCCUUGCUGGCUGACACAGGCUUUAUCCAUUUUGUCCAUUAAUUUCUUAAUAAAUUGCAUACUUUGUUAAAAAAUAAAAAUUUUCUUGCUCUGAA